CAGAUUAUACACGGACGUACAUGUCAACAAUAUCAAACUUAGUUCAAGUGUAUUGUCCGACGCUUGUUUUUUGGAGGACUGCCAAAAGCGCGUCAGAGCCCAGGUCUGCUCUACAGCUGAUACUCAGCGGACGGUAUGGUCGGGUGUCUCAUCAUUGAGAACAACACAUGAAUACGCCGAACUUGGAAAUUAAGCCACAUGGUUAACAGCACAUAAUGCAUCGAUACGGAUCGCCACCCAAGAGCUGGCUUGGGCUUCGUUUACGACUAAGUGAGAAGCCUGCACAGGAGGAGAAAACCGGCAUCUUGUGUCAGCAUCCCAACUGUCCCGAUCGACGGCUUGCUUCCAAGGUGUGUCACCACCCAUCGUGUCAGGACCUUAGAGACGGCAGCCCCCUGCACCUCUGUGAGUCAUGUGACUCAAACUCCCAUCCCGUCGCCCGUGACGGCAUGCUCUUUGACAGGCACCCGCGGUUUGACCUGCAACCACAAGGUUCCAUCCUGGCCCGGAACGUGUCCACUCGUUCCUGUCCGCCUCGCACCGGUCCCCCCUCAGACAUGGAGGACGGAGAGGAUGGAUACUCUGACCUAGGGGAUCGCAGGAGCGGAGGAAUGAAACUGGUUAAAAAGAAGACCAGACGCCGACACACAGAUGACCCCAGCAAGGAGUGCUUCACUCUGAAGUUUGAUCUAAAUAUUGACGUCAGUAUGGAGAUCGUCCCAGCUGUGAAGAAGAAAACCUUGAGAGAAGUCCUGGGAGCUGUAUUUGAAAGAAAAGGCAUUGAGCUGUCACGGGUCAACCUGUUCCUAGAUCAGUCCAAUACCCCGCUUUCACUGGGAUUUGAAGCCUACCGCUUCGGUGGCCACUACCUCAGAGUACGAGCUCGACCAGGAGAGGAGCUGAGGGUGGAGAGGUGUGUGAAAGACCCCCGUUCUCUCAGUCUGCCCAUCAUGAGGUCCUCCAGCAUACAUAAUUCCUCUACUGAUCGAGCCGAGCACGGCUCUCUGGGACGCAGAGAGGCGGCAGACCUUCUAGUCGGCCUGGGUCAAGCGCGUCGGCGAAAGAACAUGCCGGAGUUUCUGGGUGAUGCCAGCGUCCCCAAUCAAGACUCGGUAUCCCAGCUGAGCGGUUCCCUCCCAGGGUCUAUAACAGGUACAGACCGCUGGAGGAACCGUGCCGCCAGCCGUUUCAGCGGCCUCUUCAGUUCCAACUCAGGAAAUGGCUCUCUUGGGAAGGAGUGUGACCGUGUGGAGCAGCUGCAGAGUAAACUAUACUCGUACACUAUGUUCGGAUUACCCAAGAUGCCUCCGCAGCUCUCGUUCCACAGAGACUCAUGGGAAGAGGAGCCCAACCUGGAGCUCGAAGAGAGCUGGAAGCAGCUUUUGGACAAUCCUGAGAUUUUAACCAGACGUCAGUGCCAUCAGCAAGAGGCCAUUUGGGAACUGCUGCAGACAGAGUCAGACUACAUCAAGAAAUUGCACGUUAUUACUGAUCUGUUUCUGUGUGGCCUGCUGAACCUGCAGGAGAGCGGUUUACUAAGUGAAGUCGAACCUGUGCGCCUCUUCAGUAACAUUCAGGACAUUGUGCAACUUCAUACAUCCCUGUGGGCUGAGGUCAUGCUGCCGGCACUAGAGAAAGCCAGACAAAAAAGAUCAGUGAUCAGCCCCACUGAACUCUAUCAGGGCUUUAGCACUUUUGGUUUCCGAUUCAAGCCCUACAUCCAUUACUGCAUGGAAGAAGAGGCUUGUAUGGAGUACAUGCGCACUUUACUGAAAGACAAUGAGCUCUUCAGAAUAUAUGUAACUUGGGCAGAAACUCAUAAACAGUGCAACCGGCUAAAGUUGACAGACAUGUUGGUGAAGCCUCAUCAAAGACUCACUAAAUACCCACUGCUGCUCAAAAGUGUGUUGAAAAAGACAGAUGACCCGCCAACUCGUGAAGCUCUUAACAAGAUGGUGGCUGCUGUUGAAUGCUUCAUUAACAGUGUGGACUCACAAAUGAGACAAAGGGAGGAAAAACAAAAGCUGGCUGCCAUCGCUGGACGUAUAGAGGCGUACGAGGCCGUGGAGGGAGCCAGCGAGGAAGUGGAGAGGAUCCUCAGGGAAUAUAAUAAUUUUGACCUGACCGCUCCAGUCAUGGGUGCCCCGCCUGAAGAGAUUCGUCAGCUGCUUCUAGAAGGAGCUUUGAAGAUGAAGGAGGGUAAAGAGAGCAGGAUGGAUGUGUACUGUUUCCUGUUCACUGACGUUCUGUUGAUUACCAAGUCGGUGAAGCGUGUGGAGAAAGUGAAGGUGAUCCGGCAGCCUCUCGUCAUCCAUAACGUGGUGUGCCGAGAGCUGAAAGACCCAGGAAGCUUCCUCCUUAUCUACCUCAAUGAGUUUCGCUGUGCCGUGGCCUCUUACUGCUUUCAGGCCAACAGUGGCACUCAGGGCCGCAGCUGGAUUGAGGCCAUUCACAACGCACAGAACCAGCUCCAGAGACUUCGCUCCGAGUCCCAGAGAGAUGACACAGAUGACAGAGAUGAGGAUGAGACAGAAAGUAGCAUGUCCACCUCCAGCUCUCCAUCACUACAGCACAGAGAGCCGCUCGACAAGAGCCUCUCUCUUUCGCCAAGUCACUCUGAUGGCUCUACGGAAACCCUUUCUGUGGCAGCUAUGGAGGAAACGGAUGAGGUUGGGUCCUUGUCGACUGUUCAGACUGCAUCGCUGAGAAACUCCCUGCUGUCUUCAUCAAGCCUGCGGGAUUCCUUCUCUACUAAUGAUAGCAAAACUCUUGAAUGUGAUUUGGUCACCACAGACUUGGAUCCAGAAAGUCGCUCUCUUUCUAUAGACAGUGCGUAUGGAACUCUCUCACCUCAGUCCCUGAUCACAGAGCUGGACUUGAAGGGAACGGUUUGUCAGAGCGAGGGAGAAGAGACCGAUGCUGGAGAAGAAGAAGAGGCAUUUGAGGAUGAUGAAGAUGGCGAUGAGGAGGAUUCAAUAACCUGGAACGGCUCUCAGAUAACAGUAAAUGAGUCCUACGUUUUAGACGGCCGUGCAAGCAAAGAGGAGAAGAAUAACUUUUCUGGGAUGUCUCAGGUCCCAGGUUGUCGCUCGCAUACCCUGCGGCGCCGUUCGCCCGUCCAGCCCCGUCCUGACUACCUGCAGUACUUUGCCCUCAGGUCACGCUCCGAGGACGACCUCCUUCAAUGCCUCACCGGUCCUCACCGCCCCUCUAGCAGGAACAAUAUGAGCAAGAGCUUGACACACCUCGCCAAACAGACGUCUCACAGCACGGAGCUAUACCAGACGGACGAGGAAGACCUCCAUGAAGACCCUAACACACUGUCGAGCAAACUGACGAACACUCUUAGGAGAGCAGAGGCCAGGCAUGUGCAAAGGACCCUCAGCUGCCCCAAUGGCCAGGCGGACUGUGAGAUUAGAGAGAGUGAGACAACGCCCUCUGGUGAUCAGGAGGAAAAGCGUGACUUGGUGCUAUCCCAGCAGCCACAUCAGCAGCACAAGAAACUGACGGUGGCUCAGUUGCACAGGAUACGUGCUACCAUGGUGCUCAAUUCAACACUGACAGCAUCGGAAGUUUAGUGUUUGCGUAAAUGAAGCUGAUGCCAUUAGCUGGUCUAUUGGUGGGACUUAAACCAGGUCUUUGGUCCAAGACUACAACUGCAAAGAGGACGUCCAACUCAGUGAUUCAAAUACAAACAGGCAGAACCAGGGAGAACGCUGUGGAACGCUAUUAAAAGCCAUGAUCAUAAUUCACUAAUUUAAUAUUGAAUAUAAAGGGUCAUAUAUACAAAGACUUUAUUUUGUAUAAUACCUGUCUGACAAAACAAGACUUGAGUCAAUUUUUAUUUAACGACGCACCGGUCACGGCUUUUGCAGAGUAAAAGGGACAUUGUUUCUAACUUCUAACCUCUACUCUGUGCCCUGUGGAGGUCUGUUUUCACAAAAAGUAUGAAUAUAAACUAUAAAGCACUCUUGAUUUCAGAAAUUACCUGAAUUGUCAUUUUGCUUGAAUUGUCAUUUCAUUUGACCUCGGAGUCCUAAGGGCUUUUUUGCAAUGCUAGAUGAUGUAGCUCCUGAAACGCCUACUCUUUUAGGUUGUAGGAAUUUACUGAAUCACACUUGAUAUGAAAAAAAUAAAAAAAAGAACAACUGUGGACUACUUUCGCUUCAAACGCCACAAUAAUCAACUUGCAUGCAUUUGUUUUUUUUCAGUGUUCUGUAAAUAUGGUAUUUAUUGAACCUGCUUUAUUUUGUAGAAAAUGUCCUCAUUGUUGAUGCCUUUUGAUUGUUAUGUUUCUUUUUGCUAUUUGAAUGGUUAGCACUGUCUGAUUUGUCUAUUGACAUCAAAAUAAGGGCUGAAUCCAUGUCUUAUCCCUGGAUUUUGAUCAGUUUACAUAUGUAGCUUCAAUAUUUACAGGUUACAAAUUUGCACAGUGCUUUUAAAAAGAGAAAACACGACCUGCAAACUUCCAAUUAAAAUGCUUCAGAUGCCAAAUCCACUGCCAAAAUGUGUCCAUUUUGUCAUUUUGCUUCAACUCUUUGUGAACUCCAAAUGUUGAUAUCCUUCCAAGCAAACCUGAAUGCUCCUUGUCUCACCUUAAUCAAGUUUAGUUUACAAUUUGUGCAUAUUUUUCUUGUAACCUUUUACAGCAACAUGGCUGCAGUGCAGUGCAGAAAAUUACAGGAUCAUACUGAGCAUCAAAUGAGAAGUUGCAAUAUUCCAUGUAUCCACAGGGUGGCAGCAAAGAUCUAUUUUUUUUUUUUUAAUCUUUGACAUCACAUGUUGUUUGUACAGCUGAUAGAGAGACGUGUGGUCAUGCAACUUAUUUUUCCAU